CCCCAACCGUCUCCACCAAGGAAUGGACAUUUGAGGCUUCACUCAGGUUUAAUGUCUUCUGCAAUGUUGUGCCAUCAACAAGUGUUUGGGCCAUUUUGAGAAGUUGCCUGGCCGUUCACACAACAUACGAACUGCUAGGAUUCCUUUAAGUUUUGUUGCAAAACUGGAAAAAGAGAUAUGAAGUCUCAGAGUGUUGGACCAUGUGCUCAUGUUCAGUGAUGUGCCCAAGGUGACAUGGAGAUUAUCCAAGGUGACACAAAGUGGUUAUAAAAAGAGAUGUCCUGGCCUGGAGGAGCUUACAGAUGUGGGGAACAAGAGGACAAGCAGCCUGUGCAUACAGGGGAGCAAGUGAGGUACUUGUCUGAGGGAGUGUGUGGAGGCAUCACAGAAGAGCUGACAUUCGGAUGUGAGAGUGAAGAGGCGAGGAAGCAGCUGACAUUUCAAGUCAGGUGGUGAGGAAGCAGGGUACCACCCAAACAGAGGUCCAAGGCCCGAAAGCUGGGAGCUGAUGAGGCUGGGAAGCUGGAAACUCAAGGGCAUGUGAAGCAAUGUUGGAAGAAGACCCAGAUCAAAAUUAUGAGAAUGUCCUGGCUGAGAUUCAGUCUUUCGAGCUGCCCAUUGAAGCGACUUUAAGGUCUGUGUAUGAUGACCAACCAAAUGCACACAAGAAGUUUAUGGAAAAAUUAGAUGCUUGUAUCCGUAAUCAUGACAAGGAAAUUGAAAAGAUGUGUAAUUUUCAUCAUCAGGGUUUUGUAGAUGCUAUUACAGAGCUCCUUAAAGUAAGGACUGAUGCAGAAAAACUGAAGGUGCAAGUUACUGAUACCAACCGAAGAUUUCAAGAUGCGGGAAAGGAGGUGAUAGUCCAAACAGAAGAUAUUAUUCGAUGUAGAAUUCAGCAGAGGAACAUUACAACGGUAGUAGAAAAAUUGCAGUUAUGCCUUCCAGUGCUGGAAAUGUACAGUAAGCUAAAAGAGCAGAUGAGUGCAAAAAGGUAUUAUUCUGCUCUAAAAACUAUGGAACAAUUAGAGAAUGUUUUUUUUCCCCGAGUUAGUCAGUACCGGUUUUGUCAGCUAAUGAUAGAAAAUCUUCCUAAACUCCGUGAGGAUAUUAAAGAAAUCUCCAUGUCUGAUCUCAAAGACUUUUUGGAAAGCAUUCGAAAACAUUCUGACAAAAUAGGUGAAACAGCAAUGAAACAGGCACAACAGCAGAAAACCUUCAGUGUUGUUCUGCAGAAGCAAAAUAAUAUAAGAUUUGGGAAGAAUGUGUACAUAAAUGAUAGAAUUCCAGAAGAAAGGAAUGAAGUUGAAUUGAAAUGUGGAUUUGAGGAAGAGGAUGAGAAUGAAGAGGAGGUCUUAACGGUUCAGGAUCUGGUUGAUUUUUCCCCUGUUUACCGAUGUUUGCACAUUCAUUCUGUUUUGGGUGAUGAAGAAACAUUUGAAAAUUAUUACCGAAAACAAAGAAAGAAACAAGCAAGACUUGUAUUGCAACCACAGUCAAAUAUGCAUGAAACAGUUGAUGGCUAUAGAAGAUAUUUCACUCAAAUUGUAGGGUUCUUUGUGGUGGAAGAUCACAUUUUACAUGUGACCCAAGGAUUAGUAACCAGGGCAUACACUGAUGAACUUUGGAACAUGGCCCUCUCAAAGAUAAUUGCUGUCCUUAGAGCUCACUCAUCUUAUUGUACUGAUCCUGAUGUUGUGCUGGAGCUGAAGAAUCUCAUUGUAAUAUUUGCAGAUACUUUGCAGGGUUAUGGUUUUCCAGUGAACCGACUUUUUGACCUUUUAUUUGAAAUAAGAGAUCAAUACAAUGAAACACUUCUUAAGAAAUGGGCUGGAGUUUUCAGGGACAUUUUUGAAGAAGAUAAUUAUAGCCCCAUCCCUAUUGUUAAUGAAGAAGAAUAUAAAGUAGUCAUCAGUAAAUUUCCUUUUCAAGAUCCAGACCUUGAAAAGCAAUCUUUCCCAAAGAAAUUUCCCAUGUCUCAGUCAGUGCCUCAUAUUUACAUUCAAGUUAAAGAAUUUAUUUAUGCUAGCCUUAAAUUUUCAGAGUCACUUCACCGGAGCUCAACAGAAAUAGAUGAUAUGCUUAGAAAAUCUACAAAUCUGCUGCUGACCAGAACUUUGAGUAGCUGUUUACUGAAUCUUAUUAGAAAACCUCAUAUAGGUUUGACAGAGCUAGUGCAAAUCAUCAUAAACACAACACACUUGGAACAAGCUUGCAAAUACCUUGAGGACUUUAUAACUAAUAUUACAAACAUUUCUCAAGAGACUGUUCAUACCACAAGACUUUAUGGACUUUCUACUUUUAAGGAUGCUCGACAUGCAGCAGAAGGAGAAAUAUAUACUAAGCUUAAUCAAAAAAUUGAUGAAUUUGUUCAGCUUGCUGAUUAUGACUGGACAAUGUCUGAGCCAGAUGGAAGAGCUAGUGGUUAUUUAAUGGAUCUUAUUAAUUUUUUGAGAAGCAUCUUUCAAGUGUUUACUCAUUUGCCUGGGAAAGUUGCCCAGACCGCUUGCAUGUCAGCCUGCCAGCAUCUCUCAACAUCCUUAAUGCAGAUGCUAUUGGACAGUGAGUUAAAACAGAUAAGCAUGGGAGCUGUUCAGCAGUUUAACUUAGAUGUCAUACAGUGUGAAUUGUUUGCCAGCUCUGAGCCUGUGCCAGGAUUCCAAGGGGAUACCCUGCAGCUAGCAUUCAUUGACCUCAGACAACUCCUUGACCUGUUUAUGGUUUGGGAUUGGUCUACUUAUCUAGCUGAUUACGGACAGCCAGCUUCUAAGUACCUUCGGGUGAAUCCAAACACAGCUCUGACUCUUUUGGAGAAGAUGAAGGAUACUAGCAAAAAGAACAAUAUAUUUGCUCAGUUCAGGAAGAAUGAUCGAGACAAACAGAAGUUGAUAGAGACAGUCGUGAAACAGCUAAGAAGUUUGGUGAAUGGUAUGUCCCAGCACACAUAGACUUGGACUGCACUCAGUGAGAUCAAAUCUGUGAUUCAACAUUGUUUUCUAACAAGAGUCAUGAUACGGUAAUUUGUUUGCAGAAUUUAAAAAUGCAGUAGGAAAAAGACAUUGAUGAGAAAUUAAAAAAGAAACAAUAAAAAUAUCAUUUGUAUGGAUUUUUAAAUAAUUGGUUACUAUUUUAUAUAGGGAAAGUGUGGCGUUAAUUUUUUUCACUUUUAGGGAAAAAAGGCAAAACGUAAUACAUAAAUCAGGUAAAAAAUUGUACAUGAAACUGGUUGUAAAUACAUUAGAAAAAUCUUAUAUGCCUCUACAUAUUAAGUAUUUUUUUUCUAUUCAGACUUGAAUGACUUUUCUGGGUUUUUUCAUCAGUAUCCAGUUUUGAAAUGUAAUCAUGUCUGACAUGGGAGUACUUUACUGUCAUUUUGUAACUUGUUAAUUUUUAUUUUCAUCUCAAUAUGAUUUAAGUGGACUAAAUUUUCCAAUUCUGCACACUCCGAGGGAAAAAUAUACAAAUCUUUAAAGGUCCCUGAAAUCAACCUUGAUUUAACUCAGUAAGAAUGUGAAUUAUUUGUUCUGUUUGGGUGGUUUAAUUUAAUGGUUUUGAAUAUGAAGAAAAGGUGUUUGGAUUUUCUUAAGCUGCAAUGUUGUUUCUGUUUAGCAGGGUUAAUAUUUCUAACUAUAUUGUUUGUAGUUGACCUCAUUUUAGGAUUUAUUUGGUUUGGUUUGGUUCAAGUUAAAAGAGGACAGGAAGGGAUUGGAGUAAACCACUUCAGGUGCUGCUUGUGCUAAAGUAGAUACGUUCCUACACACAGACGUUACCACAGGGGUCAAGUUACUUUCUUCAAAUAGCAGCUCUCAGUACCUAUCCUCAGUAUGGAAACAGGCCAAACCAAAUGAACUCUGGAAAAUCUAAAAUGAAUGUACAUUUUCUUCUGUGUAAAUUACUGUGGUCCAAAUGGUGGUAUCAACCUAAUCCUAAGUUUCUUUUCAUUGUAUUUAUGCUGAAUAUUCCUUUUUGCAUUUUCAGGAUUUAUGCCUGUAAGAAAUUUACACUUGACUCUGUGAUAUAAGUGUAAAGAAUUACAUGUACAUUUCUUGAUUUUGUGAUGAAAUAUUAAAAAGGUUGAGCAGGUUGUUGAAAUUGCA